GUUGAGGUUAUUAAAAGUCAACAUAGUAAUGAAUCAAUGAUCAAAAAAUGGGUGGAAGAAACUCUGCGGUCCUGCUGCUGCUCCUGAUCCUCAUCGCAGCUUCUUUCUUCACUUCCUCGCAAGCAAGAUCAAUUACUUCAACUCCAACAAAACCCCAUGUUUUCAGAUCCUUCUCCAUCAACACCAAUCAGAGCGCAGCUACUGCAAGGAGCUGCUCAUACACAUUGACCAUCAAAACAAGCUGUUCUUCACCUAAAUACACCAGAGACAAAGUCAGUAUUGCUUUUGGAGAUGCUUAUGGCUUUGAGGUCUAUGCACCAAGACUAGAUAACCCAUCGUCAAGGAUUUUCGAGAGGUGCUCGACGGAUACAUUCCAGAUACGCGGCCCAUGUACUUAUGAGAUCUGCUACCUUAACUUGUUGAGGGUUGGAUCGGAUGGCUGGAAACCAGAGAGCGUGAAGGUGUAUGGUCCAAAUCGUCCUGUUAUUACGUUUAACUAUAAUAAGUUUCUACCUAAUGGUGUGUGGUUUGGAUUUAAUCACUGUCGUAAAGUCUCUGGCUCUGUUAUAUAGGAAUAGAGCAGGUACUCAACCAUGAACAUGAGGCCAAAUUUGAGUUUGCAGAUUUGAUUGAUGUACUAUGGAGGUUAUAAAUAAGAUAUUGUUUGUGUGACGACUUUA